AUGGAGCAUCCUCAGUAUUAUUUGGACUCAUCAUCUCUAGGAUUUCCUCUGGGCACUGCCUUUCUUUUGGUUGCUGUUUUCAGUCUGAGUGGCAUAUUUUCUUGCUGCUAUCAUUGGCACAGAAUCCGGUUGCUUCGUCGACGCGCAGACCUUGAAGCCGGCGAUGAUCCUGCUUCCUUCAAAUAUAAACUCAAUUAUAAUAUGAGUGAGAAGCAGAACCAAAUCCAAAACAUGCCUGCAGUGUUAAUGCCAGGGGAUGAAGUUCCAAAAUUCAUAGCAUUGCCAUGUCCAUGUCAGCCUCCCCGACCGGAAAAGGUGGCUGAAGAGGUGCAGCUGCCGCCUUCGCCUUCGCCUCCGCCUCCACCUCCGCCUCCUAAGCCAAUUCGUAUGGUAGUCGGAUUAUUUUUGUGGUAA